AUGGCGGGUGUUAUUGUCCGCUGUACUCAGAUUUCUAAAAGACAAUUAAGUUUUCUUGGUGUUGUUUUGAAUAAUCAACAAGUAAAGACUUUCUCAGAUGCUGCACCAGAAGGAAAGAAAUUUGGAAGCCCGUUAAAUGAUCAGGAUAGGAUAUUUACUAAUUUAUAUGGACGACAUGACUGGAGGUUGAAGGGAUCAUUGAAAAGGGGUGAUUGGUUCAAAACUAAAGAAAUCCUUUCUAAGGGAGCUGAUUGGAUUAUCAAUGAAAUUAAAGUAUCAGGAUUAAGAGGUCGUGGAGGUGCUGGUUUUCCAUCAGGAAUGAAAUGGUCUUUUAUGAACAAACCUUCAGAUGGUAGACCUAAAUAUUUAGUAAUCAACGGAGAUGAAGGGGAACCAGGAACUUGUAAAGAUCGUGAAAUUUUGCGUCAUGAUCCUCAUAAAUUAGUAGAAGGCUGUUUGAUUGCUGGUCGUGCAAUGGGAGCUUGUGCGGCGUAUAUCUAUAUUCGAGGAGAGUUUUACAACGAAGCUUCAAAUAUGCAAGUAGCUAUUGCUGAAGCCUAUCAAGCUGGGUUGAUAGGGAAAAAUGCAUGUGGUUCUGGUUAUGAUUUUGAUAUCUUUGUUCAACGAGGAGCUGGAGCCUAUAUAUGUGGUGAAGAAACAGCUUUAAUUGAAUCAAUUGAAGGAAAACAAGGUAAACCAAGAUUGAAGCCACCAUUUCCAGCGGAUGUCGGACUUUUUGGGUGUCCUACUACUGUAACAAAUGUAGAAACGGUUGCUGUUGCUCCAACAAUAUGUCGUCGGGGAGGAUCAUGGUUUGCUUCGUUCGGUCGACCCAGAAAUCAUGGAACAAAAUUAUUUAACAUUUCGGGGCACGUAAAUAAUCCUUGUACUGUUGAAGAAGAAAUGUCAAUACCCUUAAAGGAGUUGAUAGAAAGACAUGCGGGCGGUGUUAUCGGUGGCUGGGAUAAUUUAUUAGGCGUCAUUCCCGGUGGAUCGUCAACUCCUAUUAUUCCAAAAAGUGUUUGUGACACUGUUCUCUUGGAUUUCGACGAUCUUGUGAGAGUGCAAAGUUCAUUUGGUACUGCUGCUGUAAUCGUGAUGAAUAAACAGACUGACGUAAUCAAGGCGAUUGCUCGACUAAUAAGCUUUUAUAAACAUGAAUCCUGUGGCCAAUGUACCCCUUGCCGCGAGGGAAUUGGUUGGAUGUACAAAAUAAUGAAUCGAUUUGUCCUUGGGAAUGCAGAAAAACAUGAAAUUGAUAUGCUUUGGGAGCUCACAAAGCAAAUUGAAUUGCAUACCAUUUGUGCUCUAGCUGAUGGUGCUGCUUGGCCAGUACAAGGUCUUAUUCGACAUUUUAGACCUGUGAUUGAGGAAAGAAUGCAAAACUUUAAACAAUCAGUGGCUAAUUAA